AGUACAUAUGGCUGUUGCAGCUUCUGGAGAAAGAAGCUUGCAGGCAACACCCACAUGGGCAGUAGCUGUUGUUUGUUCAGUUUUUGUCAUUAUCUCUGUCAUAAUUGAACAUGGAAUCCAUUCACUUGGAAAGUGGUUUCAAAAACGACAUAAGAAGGCCAUGAAUGAAGCGUUGGAGAAAAUCAAAGCGGAAUUAAUGUUGCUAGGAUUCAUAUCCCUAUUACUUACGUUUGGUACAAAGUAUGUUGCAAAGAUAUGCAUUCCUGAAUCAUUUGGUGACACCAUGCUGCCAUGCAAGAAGGUGAAACCAGAUGAUGACUCAAAUGGCAGAAGGAGACUACUUUCUUUGGACGAGAGCGUGGAAUGGCGUCGAGUUUUAGAAGCUGCGUCUGGUGGUGGUGACUCUUGCUCACAAGGUAAAGUGCCUUUGAUAUCUCAGUCAGGGGUGCAUCAGUUACAUAUAUUUAUAUUCGUGCUGGCUGUUUUUCACAUUUUUUACAGCGUCAUGACUAUGGUGCUAGCCCGAGCAAAAAUGAAGAAAUGGAAGGCUUGGGAAGCGGAAACAACCUCCCUGGAGUAUCAAUUUACAAAUGAUCCUGCAAGGUUCAGGUUUGCGCAUCAAACAUCAUUCGUUAGGCGUCACUCUGGUUGGUCUAGGAUGCCAGGAAUUCGAUGGAUAGUGGCAUUCUUUAGGCAAUUCUUUGCGUCUGUGACUAAAGUGGAUUACAUGACUAUGCGGCACGGAUUUAUUAACGCACAUUUUGCUCCCAAUACCAAAUUUGACUUCCAAAAAUACAUUAAAAGAUCCAUGGAAGACGACUUCAAAGUGGUUGUAGGCAUAAGUAUUCCGCUAUGGGCUUUUGCAAUCAUCUUUCUGCUUGUCAACGUUUACAAAUGGUACACGCUCACUUGGCUAUCAUUAGCGCCGCUAGUGAUACUUUUAUUGGUGGGCAUGAAGCUGGAACUUAUAAUCAUGGAAAUGGCCCAAGAAAUCCAAGAUCGAACCACAAUUGUUAGAGGAGUACCUGUUGUAGAGCCAAACAAUAAGUACUUUUGGUUUAACAAGCCUCAGUGGAUUAUCUUCUUAAUCCAUUUUACCUUAUUCGAGAACGCCUUCCAAAUAGCCUUUUUCUUGUGGACAUGGUAUGAGUUUAAGAUCACAUCUUGCUUCCAUGAAAACUUGCCAUUAAUACUAACAAGGGUUGUCCUUGGGAUAGCCUUGCAAAUUGUAUGCAGUUACAUAACAUUUCCUCUCUAUUCCCUAGUAACACAGAUGGGGUCUCACAUGAAGAAAGCAAUAUUUGAGGAGCAAACAGCAAAGGCACUUAAGAAAUGGCAAAAGACAGCAAAGGAUAAGAGGAAGUUAAGGAAAGCAGGGAUAGAAAUAGCUUCAGGAGAAACAACACCAAGCCACGGGACAUCACCACUGCAUUUGCUUCACAAGUCAAAGCCAAGCCACAGCCACAUAGAAAUGGACAGUGUUCUCUAUUCUCCACGAUCGUACCAAUCUGAUACUGACUUGUCUGAGACAGAGGGAUCCUCACACCAACAAAAUGAAAUAACACAAACACAUCAACCUCCAAGGAAUAAUGGACUAACUCAUGAUAUCGAUUUUUCAUUUGAGAAGCUUUAAUUGAGAAUUAAUUAAUGGUUUGUGCUCAAAAUAAUAGCAUAGCAGUAUAGCUUUCCAUAAGAGUCUUGGCCUGCCCAACCUUCCCCCAAGCUAAUAUUCAAAGAGUUAAUUACUUAUACACCGUUAAUGUAAUUUUUUUUUACACUGAUAACCAAUUAUAUCUUUUAAUUGUGU